UUGGACCUUAAAUCUUCAUCGCAUCUAUACCAAUCAGGGCGUUGUGUGUAAUGCAUGCAGUGAGAAUGCCAAAUUUCAAAGACGUAGCAGUACAACAAUUUCAUUUAUCGAUUACACUGUCAUCUUGCGAGAAACGUAUUGAAAAGUUCAUGUCUUGACACCUCAUGUAAUUUUUUAAAGUGUUUUGAAGCAAACAAAUUUUAUCUACAUUUUUCUCCUUUCAUAUUUAUAAAAUUCUUCUGUAGACAUGGCGGAUGGUGAAGCUGAUUGGGAAAAUGAGGAUUUUGAGCCUGUUAUUAAAAAACCUCUUCCACACACUGACAGAUGGGAAGGAGAAGACGAAGAUGAUGAUGUAAAAGAUAAUUGGGAUGAUGAGGAGGAAGAUAAAGAGGAAAAGCCAGAACAAAAUAUGGUUGCUACACAAGCUAAGAAGAAAAAGUCGUUAGCACAAAUUAUAGCUGAAAAAGAAGAAAAAAGGAGAAAAGAAAUAGAAGAAAAAAUGAAAUUACAAGAACAACCUAGUAAAGAUCUAACUCCACAAGAAAGGCUGGCACAUAAGUUAAAACAACAAAAGCUGCAAGAAGAAGCAGAUUUACAAUUAGCUAAAGAAACUUUUGGUGUAAUAGAGAAUGACACUGAUAGUAUAGACAACUUCCAGCCGUCUUCUAAAGAAGAUUUUGAUAAAUUUCGAAAACUCCUUGUAGAUAAAAUUCAAAAGACUGAGGAGUCUCCUCAUUUUCCAAACUUCUUGGAUGAUUUCUGUAGAGAUUUAUGCUUGAAUGUGAGUCCUGAAGAUAUCAAAAAAAUAACUAGUACUUUAAAUGCCUUAGCACAUGAGAAAGUGAAAGCCCAAAAGGCAAAAGCGGGGAAGAAGAAACCAGGUUCUAAAAAAGCAAGUCUAAAACUUACUAGAAAUGAUGAUUAUUCAAUAAUAGACUAUGCAGAUGAAUUUGAGGAUUGUAUUUAAUUCUCUUUUAUUUUAUCUUGAAUUGUUGAUAGCUUCUUCUCUCCUAAUAUCUGGAUGCUGUAUAUGUUGAUUUUCAAUAAAUUUAUAAAAAUUUGUA